AUGUUCGCCUCCUGCCACUGUGUGCCGAGAGGCAGGAGGACCAUGAAAAUGAUCCACUUUCGGAGCUCCAGCAUCAAAUCGCUCAGCCAGGAGAUGAAAUGCACCAUUCGGCUGCUGGACGACUCGGAGAUCUCCUGCCACAUCCAGAGGGAGACCAAAGGGCAGUUUCUUAUUGACCACAUCUGCAACUACUACAGCUUGCUGGAGAAGGACUACUUCGGCAUUCGUUUUGUGGACCCAGAGAAGCAGCGGCACUGGCUUGAACCUAACAAGUCCAUCUCCAAGCAAAUGAAAUCUCAUCCACCAUACACCAUGUGCUUUAGAGUGAAAUUCUACCCACACGAACCCUUGAAGAUUAAAGAAGAGCUCACCAGGUACCUUUUGUACCUGCAGAUUAAAAGAGAUGUUUUCCACGGUCGACUGCUGUGCUCCUUUUCAGAUGCUGCCUACCUGGGUGCCUGUAUCAUCCAAGCUGAGCUCGGUGACUAUGAUCCUGAUGAGCAUCCUGAGAAUUACAUCAGUGAGUUCGAGAUUUUCCCCAAGCAGUCACAGAAGCUGGAAAGAAAAAUAGUGGAAAUUCAUAAAAAUGAACUCAGAGGCCAGAGCCCACCAGUUGCUGAAUUUAACUUACUCCUGAAAGCUCACACUUUGGAAACCUAUGGGGUGGAUCCCCACCCAUGCAAGGAUUCAACAGGCACAACAACAUUUUUAGGAUUCACUGCUGCAGGCUUUGUGGUAUUUCAGGGAAAUAAGAGAAUCCAUUUGAUAAAAUGGCCGGAUGUCUGCAAAUUGAAGUUUGAAGGGAAGACAUUUUAUGUGAUUGGCACCCAGAAGGAGAAAAAAGCCAUGUUGGCGUUCCAUACUUCAACACCAGCUGCCUGCAAACAUCUUUGGAAGUGUGGGGUGGAGAACCAGGCCUUUUAUAAGUAUGCAAAAUCCAGUCAGAUCAAGACUGUGUCAAGCAGCAAGAUAUUUUUUAAAGGAAGUAGAUUUCGAUAUAGUGGCAAAGUUGCCAAAGAGGUGGUGGAGGCAAGCUCCAAAAUCCAGAGGGAGCCUCCAGAGGUGCACAGAACCAACAUUAGUCAGAGCCGCAGUUCCCACUCCUUGAACAAACAACUCAUCAUUAACAUGGAGCCCCUGCAGCCCCUGCGGCCGUCCCCCAGCGAGCAGGAAGAGGAACUUCCACUGGGUGAGGGUGUUCCAUUGCCCAAAGAAGAUGACAAUUCUGCCCCCUUGACCUCCAGCUCACCAGUAAAGGAAUCCCAUGAGUAUGAAGAGCCCUCAAGUGAAGAGGAAGAUAAAAUAAAAGAAGAGCCCUUGACCAUCUCUGAACUGGCAUACAACCCAAGUGCCAGCCUGCUCCCUACCCCCACUGAUGAUGAUGAGAUUGACAUGCUCUUUGACUGUCCAUCUAGGCUGGAGUUGGAAAAAGAAGACACAGAUUCGUUUGAGGAACUAGAAGCAGAUGAAAACGCCUUUUUAAUGGCCGAAGAAGAAGAGCUGAAGGAGGCUCACCAAGCUUUGUCAUGGAGCUAUGACAUUCUGAGUGGCCAUAUUCGGGUGAACCCACUGGUCAAGAGUUUUUCCCGGCUCCUUGUGGUGGGCCUGGGCCUGCUGCUCUUUGUAUUCCCCCUGCUCCUCCUCCUUUUGGAGUCAGGUAUUGAUCUCUCCUUCUUAUGUGAAAUCCGCCAGACGCCCGAGUUUGAGCAGUUUCACUAUGAAUACUACUGUCCUCUCAAGGAGUGGGUGGCUGGCAAAGUCAACCUCGUUCUUUACAUGCUGGGCUGCUCAUAAAGCUCAUAUCUCAUAUGACUAAGGGCUAUAUUCAAUACUAGUGAUUUCUUUUUUUUUUCAGCAAAGGCCUUGUUCUGAAUGGUCACAGGACCAUCAACAGGUGUUCCUUACUCAUAACUGAUUAUUCAGACCUUUAAGUUAGUUUUCCAUAAUUCACUGCAAGUAAAUAAGUUUAAAUCAAAUACAGUUAUUUUAGUUACAGGUCAGGAAGAUGGCCUCUAAAUAACCAAAAAUAUGUUUAUUUUUUAUUAUAGCACAGACAUACUCUUUAUCUAUUAUAAUAAAUUGAGCUGAAUUAGAUUUCCUCCUUUUUUAAUAGUUAACACCAUUAUAAGCUAUAAGGUUCAGAAUCAGAGUUUUAGUAAAAACCCAAGAUAAACUUUUUUGAAUAUAAUCCUUAGUGAAAACAAUGUUCUCUAACCAAUGCCUAUACAAC